AUGUCUUCAGCGAAGGUGACCAGCCUGGCUUUCAGAAGCGGCCGCGCGCAUGCGAUAUCUGUCGACGGAGGAAAGUUCGCCUCGUUUCCUUCCAGGUUUUUGAUGCCAUAUUUCAGUUCUCUGAGCAUGGAGAUCUUCGGUGUACAACAGGCUACACAAUACUACCCUGUGAAGUCGCACGACCUGAAUGAAACGGUAAGGCCGAACCCACAUUGCUCGAUACCGCCAUUCUUCGGCACUGUCAGCUCCUCCGUCACUGGAGCUAUAAACGGGUACGAGCCGACGCUCGCUAGGACGAGUGAGGAUAUAAGAUACAUUCUUCCGCUGGACGGAGAGCAGCAGCGCAAUGGUGCUUCAGCUGUAGACGGUGUGCCAUUGUCCGCUGAUGAUGGAACUUUGUGGGUGAAUGCACCAGUUAGAUUUGGGCCAGAUGAUUGGGAUGUGUAUCUGACUAACGCAAACGUCUCCCAGGGAAACGGCCAAUCUUCGUAA